AUACCGAUAGAUAUACAUCAAGUACUGCGUUAAAUACUGCGUUAAAUACAUUCAGUACUGCGUUAAAUACAUUCAGUACUGCGUUAAAUACUGCGUUAAAUACAUUCAGUACUGCGAUAAAUACUGCGUUAAAUACAUUCAAUACUGCGUUAAAUACUGCGUUAAAUACAUUCAGUACUGCGUUAAAUACUGCGUUAAAUACAUUCAGUACUGCGUUAAAUACUGCGUUAAAUACAUUCAGUACUGCGUUAAAUACUGCGUUAAAUACAUUCAAUACUGCGUUAAAUACUGCGUUAAAUACAUUCAGUACUGCGUUAAAUACUGCGUUAAAUACUGCGUUAAAUACAUUCAGUACUGCGUUAAAUACUGCGUUAAAUACUGUAUUUAUUACAGUAAUACUGUAUUCAAUACUGUGUUAAAUACUUCAUUAAAUUCUGCAUUAAAUACUACAUGAAAUACUGUGUUAAAUACAGUAUGUAUUACAGUAAUACUGUAUUCAAUACUGUGUUAAAUACUACAUGAAAUACUGUGUUAAAUACAAUAUGUAUUACAGUAAUACUGUAUUAAAUACUGUGUUAAAUACUACAUUAAAUACUGUGUUAAAUACAGUAUGUAUUACAGUAAUACUGUAUUAAAUACUACAUUAAAUACGGUAUUUAUUACAGUAAUACUGUAUUCAGUACUGUGUUAAAUACUACAUUAAAUACUGCAUUAAAUACAUUAAAUACUGUGUUAAAUACAGUAUGUAUUGCAGUAAUACUGUAUUAAAUACUACAAUAAAUACUGUAUUUAUUACAUUAAUUCUAUAUCAAAUCCUGUUUUAAAUAAAUUAAAUACUGCAUUAAAUAUUGUAUUUAUUACAUUAAUAUUGUAUUAAAUCAUACAUUACAUACUGUAUUUAUUACAGUAUUUAAUAUAUUCAGAGCCUUUACUGCACCAAUACCACACUGUAAAUAUACUCUGGCAUUAGUACUUUUACCAAUUGUGGUAUAAGUACUGUAACUCUAACAGUUUGUUUACAGUGUUGUAUUAGUACCUCUAUCAGACUGUAAAUAUGUUGUGUUACAGUAUAUUAACUAAUACCAGACCGUACAAAUAACCUGUUAGUAAAAGUACUAAUACCACACAGUAAAAGAAAGAAUACUUUGUCAAAGUAAGAGUACUAAUACCACGCAGUAAGAAUACUCUGUUUCAGGCUGUUUCUGCUGCGCCAUGGAGACGGGGGUCCGGAUCUACAACGUGGAGCCGCUGAUGGAGAAAGGUCACCUGGACCACGAGCAGGUCGGCAGUGUGGCCUCGUGCUCCAUGUUGCAUCGAUCCAACCUGCUGGCUGUCGUUGGAGGCGGAGUCAACCCCAAAUUCUCUGAAAUAUCUGUUCUGGUCUGGGACGACGCUCGAGAGUCCAGAGACCCCAAAGACAAACUGGUCCUGGAGUUCACCUUCACCAAACCAGUUCUGGCUGUUCGCAUGAGACACGACAAGAUCAUCAUCGUUUUGAAGAACAGGAUCUACGUGUACAGUUUUCCAGACAACCCGGUCAAACUGUUUGAGUUCGACACCAGAGACAACCCCAAAGGUUUGUGUGACUUGUGUCCGAGUCUGGAGAAACAGCUGCUGGUGUUUCCGGGUCACAAAUGCGGCAGCUUGCAGCUGGUGGACUUGUCCAACACCAAACCCGGCACCUCGUCGGCGCCGUUCACCGUCAACGCCCACCAGAGCGAGAUCGCCUGCGUGGCGCUGAACCAGCCGGGCAGCGUGGCGGCGUCGGCCUCCCGCAAGGGAACGCUCAUCCGUCUGUUCGACACCACGACGCGAGACAAGCUGGUGGAGCUGCGGCGGGGGACGGACGCCGCCACGCUCUACUGCAUCAACUUCAGCCACGACUCGUCGUUCCUCUGCGCCUCCAGUGACAAAGGCACCGUCCACAUCUUCGCCCUCAAGGACACCAAACUCAACCGCCGCUCCGCGCUGGCACGCGUCGGGAAGGUGGGCCCUGUGAUUGGUCAGUACGUGGACAGCCAGUGGUCGUUGGCGAGCUUCACCGUGCCGGCUGAGUGCGCCUGCAUCUGUGCUUUUGGGAAGAACACGUCCAAGAACGUGAACUCCGUCAUCGCCAUCUGUGUGGACGGGACCUUCCACAAGUACGUGUUCACCCCCGAUGGAAACUGCAACCGAGAAGCCUUCGAUGUGUAUCUGGACAUUUGUGACGAUGACGACUUCUGAGGCCGGUUUCACUACAACGUGAGGAAGAAGAAGAGGAGGAAGAGGAGGAGGAGGAACGACUCGAUGGUUAUUGUCGUGUUCUGGAGACGGAGAUAUUUUUAUCAUCGCAUCUCCAGUUUGAAGCAGCGUGAACAUCAACACAGUUUUUAAAGGACUUUAUUUCUAUUUCACUCUGUUUGGAAACUACGUUUGUGUCCAACUUUUCACAAUAAAAGUUUACUUCUUACUCUUUGUCCCUGCAGUAUUAAUGGAGGAACUGCUAACAAAGCUACGCUAACCAAGUGCUGCAGGGACGAAGUAUUUCUGGAGUCCAACCAGGAGACGAACCUCUAGUUCUUUAAAGUGAAGCCAAAGCUUCAUGAGGUAAAGCUGCAUUCUCUCUCCUGACCACCAGGGGGUGACUCCUCUGGUUGUAUAGAAGUCUAUGCUUCAUGUGUUAAAGCUGCAUUAUCUCUCCUGACCACCAGGGGGCGACUCCUCUGGUUGUAUAGAAGUCUAUGCUUCAUGUGUUAAAGCUGCAUUAUCUCUCCUGACCACCAGGGGGCGACUCCUCUGGUUGUAUAGAAGCCUAUGCUUCAUGUGUUAAAGCUGCAUUCUUUCUCCUGACCACCAGGGGGCGACUCCUCUGGUUGUAUAGAAGUCUAUGCUUCAUGUGUUAAAGCUGCAUUCUCUCUCCUGACCACCAGGGGGCGACUCCUCUGGUUGUAUAGAAGUCUAUGCUUCAUGUGUUAAAGCUGCAUUCUCUCCAGACCACCAGGGGUCGACUCCUCUGGUUGUAUAGAAGUCUAUGCUUCAUGUGUUAAAGCUGCAUUCUCUCUCCUGACCACCAGGGGGUGACUCCUCUGGUUGUAUAGAAGUCUAUAUAAAUGACUACUUCUCUUGAUUUAUUCUUUAUUCCCUCAGUAAACAUUGUAAACAUGAGUUUAUGGUCUCAAUCUCAAGGGUACGCUUUAGGGCGGGGCUGCAAGGUGAUUGACAGGUCUCUACGUCACUCCUCCUCAGUCCUAAUAUGGUCACUUCCUGUUUACUGGUUGCAAACAAAAAGAAGAUGGCGACAUCCACUUCUUCUCUGCAGUCCAACAGGAAGUCAUCUUCACUGCUUUCCUCCACAAACAGCUAAUGAGAUUCUUCCAUAUAAUUAAAAAAAGAAUCUUGUUUGUGAUUCUUUCCGGUUUUGUUCAAGAUAAUCUUCACAAAUACUUCAAAUUAGAUGUCAACGUGUAUUUAAAUAAAUAUAAUAGCAGAA